GAAAUCUCAGUGCCGUAGUCAUGUACAAAAGUGUGCAGACGAUUCGUUGGAAAAAUGUGUGGAAAAACUCGUUUGACGGGAAAACGAUAAGGAGACUUUAUAAUAGUGGUACUGGUGUUUAUGGACAUCGACCAAAGAAAAUAGGACAUUUUGAAGUGCCAAAGGAAAAAUUGGAGGCUAGAGCAAAGAACAGUAAUUUGUAUAGACUUCUCACAGCGUACAGAGAAUUUGGCCACAGAGAUGCAAAUAUAGACCCGGUUUCUUUCAAAAAGAAAAAAUUAUCGCCAGAAUUAAAUCCAGAAAGAUACGGAUUGGAUUUAUCAGAAAUAGUAUCUUUCCAAAAUUUGCUUAGGACAGAAAAGAAGGAAGGAACUGUUUCUGAAGCAGUCGAAUUUUUCAAAAAAUUAUACAGUGGACCAAUAGGAGUCGAAUUCAAUCAUUUGGAGAGUGAAGAAGAGCGAGAAUGGUUUGCAGAAAAUUUCGAAAAAUGUUACCAAGAGCCACUGAGCGACGAAACUCGUCGGGAAAUUGCAAGCGAUAUGCUGAAAAGUCAAGCCCUGGAUAAUUUUCUUGCUGUGAAAUUUGUCACGGUAAAAAGAUACGGCGGAGAAGGUGCAGAAAGUAUGAUGGCCUUCUUCAGAGAACUUUUCAAGUUAUCAAUUGGAGAAUUGGAACACAUAGUAUUGUGCAUGCCACAUCGGGGACGACUGAAUUUCCUAACAGGGAUGUUGAACUUCCCCCCGGAAAAGCUAUUCCGGAAGUUGAGAGGAAUUCCCGAAUUUCCGGAAGAUGUGAAGGCUACUGGGGAUGUGCCAAGUCAUUUUGUGUCCUCUGCAGAUUUUAACAACACUGGAAAAAGUUUGCAUAUUAGUAUGCUUCCUAACCCUUCACAUUUGGAAGCUGUCAAUCCAGUUUCGAUGGGAAAAACUAGAGCUCUUAUGCAGGCGCUGGGAGAUGGUGAUUAUUCUAAGGAUGAAGGAUCUCGAUGGAGUGAUAAAGUCCUGAAUGUUCAGGUCCAUGGAGAUGCUGCUUUUAUAGGCCAGGGUGUGAGCCAAGAAUCCCUUUUAUUAGGUGGAGUUCCUCAUUUUGAAGUUGGAGGAUCAAUUCACUUGGUGGUGAACAAUCAAGUUGGGUUCACAACUCCACCUUCGAGAGGAAGAUCCACCAGGUAUUGUACUGAUCUCGCAAAAAUGAUAUCAGCUCCAGUGAUUCAUGUAAAUGGAGAUGCUCCUGAGAUGGUCGUUCGAGCAACGAGGAUAGCUUUCGCUUAUCAAAGAAAAUUUAGAAAAGACGUUUUCGUCGAUCUAAACUGUUUCCGACGAUGGGGACACAAUGAACUCGACGAUCCCACCUUCACAAAUCCUCUUUUAUAUAAAAUUAUUCAUAAUCGUCCAUCUAUUCCGGAUCGGUAUUUGGAAGAAUUGUCAAAAUCGAAGCUCCUCUCAAAAGAAGAGGGGCAAUCAAUUGUUGAAGAACAUAAAAGCUGGCUUGGAAAUGCACUAAAAGAAAUAGAUAAUUAUGUGCCACAACCGACUUAUUUCACUGGAUGGUGGUCCAGAAUAAAGCAAGCUGAGUCAGCAAUUACUACUUGGCAUACAGGAGUGGAUUUGAAUCUUCUACAAUUUAUUGCCAAAAAGAGUGUCAAUUUUGAAAGUGAAUUGGACAUUCAUCCACAUAUUCUCAAGUCUCACGUUCAGGCCAGGUUAAAAAAAAUUGAAACUGGAUCUGAAGUCGAUUGGUCAACGGCAGAAGCAAUGGCUUUUGGAAGUUUGCUUUAUCAGGGCUACAAUGUGAGACUAAGUGGUCAAGAUGUUGGUCGAGGUACAUUUUCUCAUAGACACGCAAUGCUUGUCGACCAAUCAAAUGGAGGAAUCUACAUCCCGCUAAAUUCGAUGGUGGAAGGUCAAAAGGGGAAAAUAGAACUUGCAAACAGUAUUUUAUCCGAGGAGGCGGUUCUGGGUUUCGAAUACGGAGUCAGUAUUACUUCCCCAUUGACUUUAGCAAUUUGGGAGGCUCAGUUUGGGGAUUUUUUCAAUGGAGCUCAAAUUAUGAUCGACACUUUCGUAUCAAGUGGGGAAACGAAAUGGAUGUUAAGCAGCGGAUUAACCAUGAUUUUGCCGCAUGGAUAUGAAGGCGCUGGACCUGAACACAGUUCCUGUCGAAUGGAAAGAUUCCUGCAGUUAACGAAUAGCAAAGAAAACAAACCUGAUGGCGAGGACAUCAACCUCCAGGUCGCUAAUCCAUCAACUCCGGCUCAAUACUUCCAUCUACUCAGGAGACAAAUGAUCAGAGAUUUUAGAAAACCACUGAUAAUUGUAGCACCUAAGGUUUUACUUCGUCACUCUUCGGCUACUUCGAGUAUUUCUGAAAUGGCACCAGAAACUUCAUUUAAAACUGUAAUAGGUGAUGAUAGAGUCGUUGAAAAAAAUGUCAGAAGGGUGUUACUAGUGAGCGGAAAACAUUAUUAUAAUCUAGUUGAAGAGAGAGAAAUUCUCGGAUCUGAUGAUACUGCGAUUAUUAGAAUUGAGAGCCUUUGUCCAUUUCCGGUUAUGGAAUUACUGGCGGAAAUUGAAAAAUACCGACACGCAAGCACUUUCGUAUGGAGUCAGGAAGAACCACGAAAUAUGGGUGCUUGGUCCUUUGUUAAACCAAGAUUUGAAAACUUGUGUGGACGACAGUUGAAAUAUUCAGGACGAGAAGCUCUACCAACUCCAGCAGUCGGUGUGGGUCGGGUUCACCAACUCCAAGCCAAGGAAGUUAUCCGAGCACCUUUCAUCAUAAAGUAGAACCAGAAUUUUCAAUAAUUUAUUAUCCCACCUUAAUAUUUUUGAUAUAUUAUAUAGAAUACACAUAAUUAGACCUACCCUGGAAAUUAUUUACAAAUAUUAAAAUACGUUAUUUUUUACUACAAUUUAUUUGUAUUUCCUUCAGUCUCUAGACGUUUAUGUUCCAGUUC